AUGAAAACUCUGCUGCUGGCCUUGCUGGUGGUGACAGUCGUGUGCCUGGACUUUGGACACACCCUGAUAUGUUACACAUGCCCCGGAGUACUUUGUAAAACCAAACAGAAAUGUCCCAAAGGGCAGAAUCUCUGCUUUAGAAGGAGAAAAUUUUACGAUCUAAUCGGAUUCGGGGCCAGCAGGGGAUGUGCUGCUACCUGCCCUACUGUGGGACGCAGUGAUGUCAUUGCGUGUUGCUCAACAAACCGCUGCAACUUUUAG